CUAGUAGCAGCUGCCGGGAGCCCUGAAGGCGGUGUCGGUUCCCGAGAGUUGCGUGCCGACCUCAGCCUCCUGGGGAUACGGCCGGCCUCCCCGGGCCGGGCAGCAGUGAGGCAGCCUCCAGACAGCAGCUCCCAGGAGGCCAAGCGCGGAGUGGACAGGGCUGUAGCCGACCGGACAGUUCGGAGGUGAUUUGUCCCCUCGGGGCAGCCGUAGGCGCCGCGUCUGGCCCCGCCGGGCCCACGUGACUCGGAGCGCCGUAUCCCGUCGACCGCGGGCGUAAUGGCGGCUCCUAGGCAGCUGUGCCGCUUCUGGGAAUGGGGCAAAAACAUAGUGUGCGUGGGCAGGAACUAUGCGGAGCACGCCAAGGAGAUGCGGAGCGCCGUGCUGAGCGAGCCAGUGCUCUUCCUGAAGCCGUCCAGCGCUUAUGCCCCCGAUGGCUCGCCCAUCCUCAUGCCGGCCUACAGCCGUGACCUGCAGCACGAGCUGGAGCUGGGCGUGGUGAUGGGCCGGCGCGCCCGCGCGGUGCCCCAGGCCGCGUCCAUGGACUACGUGGCCGGCUAUGCCCUAUGCUUGGACAUGACCGCCAGAGACGUGCAGAACGAGUGUAAGAAGCAGGGGCUGCCCUGGACCCUGGCCAAGGGCUUCACUGCCUCCUGCCCCGUCAGCGCGUUCGUGCCCAAGGAGAAGAUAUCCGACCCUCACAAGCUGAGACUCUGGCUCAAGGUCAACGGCGAGCUCAGGCAGGAGGGUGAGACCUCCUCUAUGAUCUUUUCCAUCCCCUACAUCAUCAGCUACGUUUCUAAGAUCAUUACCUUGGAAGAAGGCGAUAUCAUCCUGACCGGCACGCCAAAGGGAGUUGGGCCUGUUAAAGAAAGCGAUGAGAUCCAAGCUGGCAUAGACGGGGUCGUCAGUAUGAGAUUUAAGGUGGAAAGGGCGGAAUAUUGAGUCUAUGUAAAGUGCCAAGUUUCAAGAGAGAAGGAGCAAGGCAGAAGCUAGCAAAGGUUAUUACAAUCCUUUAAUGAGAAAUCUAUUUAAAAAAUAAUUAGCUUUGAGUGCUCUACCUCAAGGAAGAUGGACCCUUCAAGAAAAACCUGAUGUAGAACAGCUGGGCCAGUAAUGGAAACAAGAAACAGUGCCUUCAGGAAGCAACCAGAAUGAAGGAUGGGUAAUGGCCCUGAAGAGGAGAGGCUAUUAAACCAAAUGGUCAAAAGACCGGCCUUAGUUUUUCUAAAACUGGACUGGAUAAGACUUUUCAAUGGGUCAGUCUGGGAUUUCAGUAGUCCAAGCCUUAAAAUCUGUAAAGGAAGCUGAAAAUCGUGUGCCAGAUCAGUGUUUCUCAGAUUUCCUUGAUGAUGAUCAUCUGUAGGUUAUUUGUAAAAAUAAAAAUUUCCAAAAUUACCGGCCCAUCCCAGACUCACUGAAUCAAUCUCUAUGAUGAUGGCCUGGAAAGCUGUGUUUACAGGGCACUCCAGGUGAUUUUUUAUUGGAGAAAUUUGGAAAAACACCACUCCAGAUAAGCCCUUAAUUUAAAAUUUCACUUAGUAAGUGAAUGAUUGAUGACUAUUUACCCAUUUAACUCAGGGUAUCCACCCUGGCCCGCAGACUGAAUUUGGAAGAUAAUUUUGAAAUUAUUGCUUUCCAAAUAAAUGUGCUCUUGUUUGCCCUAAAGUUAUACUUCUUCCCCUCCCAGUAGUGGUGAGGAAAGACACUUCCUUCUGGGGCUCCUGAGCACUGGGCUCUAACCGCUAGGCAAGUUAAUAAGCACUUUCUCCCUCCCACCCAGGGUAAGGCAUCUUCAGUGUGGUGGAAUGGCCCAGGAGUGCUGCUGUGGCUCUCAACUGCUCCCUUCUCUGAAAACGAGGGAAGAUGCACAGCACAGCUGUGGGAGUGCCUGGUGCUAGUGUGAACAGAAGGCAUUUGCUAGGCCCCUCAGAGAAAGCUGAGGACAUCUAAUGUUAGUAACAAUGGCUAACAUUUACUGAGCACUUAGUAACACUAGGCAUUGUGCAAAGAGCUUUCUGUGUAGUAUUUAGUCCUCCACAAAGCUGUGACAUUUCUAUUGCUACUUCCACUCCAUUUUACAGAUGAAGGUGUAAAUUUAAGAGGUAGGCAGCACUAAAGAGUGAAAGAGCCCAGAUGUAACCUGGCUGUCCCAAGACCAGAACCUCAAGCCUGACCACAGUGGAGGGUGCAUCCUGUAAACAGGUAUGCAGUCCCCAGGUUUAAAUUGUAAUUUUUAUGAGGAAGUGCCAUAGUGAGAUUUGUUUAUUAAAUGUCAUUCUAUUUUAACUUAUUUUGCUUUUUGAACAUGUUCAUUACUGCAGAGUCAGAAAAUACAGGUAAGCAAAAAGAACAACCAAAAUCUCACCACCUAGAGGCAGCCAGAGUUAACCAUUCAGUGUACAUACUUCCAAAUCUGUGGGCAUGGUUGUCAUUUUUAAAAAAAUUUACUCAUACCACCCAUACUAUUCUCUAGCCUGAUAAUCUUUUCAUGUCACUCAGUAUAUUUCUGCAGUAUUUUCACUGAUUGCAUAGCAUUUUGUCAUCUGUUCUCCAUUUCUGGACAUUGAGAUUGUUGCUAAUUACUUGCUUGUAGCAACAGCACACUGUAGUUCUUUCCUUUGGUUAGGCCCCCACAGGGGUAGAGCUGGGCCAAUGGGAAGGGUAUACUCAUCUGGACAGUGUAUCAGUCCAGCUAGCAGGUGCAAGGUUCAGCUGACAUGAGUCUACCAAGUGGGUUUAUUAUGGCAAGCUAAGUACAAGCGGUGUCCACGUGAGUCCACUUGCCUGAGUGGACAAAUCAGCACCCAGAGUGUACAGUGCCCCUGGGGUCAAGGGCCACCAUAGUGUAGCACAAGUUUUGUCCAAAGUAGCUGUUUAUGCAAUGGCACAAAGAUGUGACUCAGCACUGUAGGUACAGCACACAAAGUCCUUGGCUGCAAGGAUCAGAAAACAAUCGGCUCACCAAUUCCAACAAUUCCUGAUGUUUUAUAGCUUUGCUAACAUCACCAGUAAUCCUUUCAUCCAGAAGAUAUAUUUUUCCCUGACCUUUUUGUUCUGAGAAGUUAAAAGACUGGUACAAUGAACCCCAUACACCCAUCUCUAGAUGCAGCAAUUGUGUUAACGUUUGCAGUGUUUUCUUUCUCUCACUUAUUUCCUAUCUACUUAUUUUAGAGAACUGUUUGGAAAUCAGUUGCACAACCACUUCACCCUUACAGCACACAUCUGAGAAUAAGCAUGGUCUCUGAAUAAGCACCACCAUCACACCUAAAAAUUCCAUAAUGUAUCAGUCCAUACAGAAUAUAUUGUUUGGGAACAGUGUGGAGCAGAACUCAAAUUCACAUAAAAAGACCAGACUUAAUGGUCUGAGACUGGAGGAACCCCUGAAGCCGCGGGCCCGGGACACUGUUAACCCAGAACAAACUAUUCCCGAAGCUCACUCUGCAGACAAAGACUAGACUGGACUAUAAAACAUAAAUACAAAGAGUGUGCUACUUAGUUCAAGUAGAUACACAAGACUAAAUGGGCUGCUCCUGUCCGGAGGCAGGAAGGGACAGAGCUGGCUGGAUAGACACGGGAAACCCAAGGUGGAAAGGGCGAGUGUACUAUCACAUUAUAGGGAUUGCAGAUACUGUCACAUAACAGUAUGUGUAUAAAUUUUUUGUAUGAGAAAUUAACUGGACCUGUAAACUCACCUAAAGCACAAUUAAAAAAUAUAUCAUUUGACAUCCAUUCUUCUGGAGUUUUUUUUAAACAUAUAUACAUUGGGCUUUGAUAAAAAGUUAGUAUUAUAAAGAUCUGUUUCUGAAUGAUCACAGCUUUGAAAAGGCUAUGAAGCAGCCCUUCUACUCUGCACACAUGGGGUCGCCAUGUGUCAGAGUCGACUUGAUGUCAACUAACACCAACAACAAUGCUUCUAAAUAAAGUCUUUUUUGUUGAAUGG